AUGUUCUUUGCCAUACUCGUGUUGAAGAGGAGAUUCAUAUACGGCGUUGAGAGGGUGAUGUCGUCUCGUCUCGGUCAGUCCGAUGACGUCGUACUUAAUCUUCUUGGUUUGCAUGAUCAGAUCUUCGAUGGUCGCUUCCGAUGCCAGCGUACGCCGAGGCAAGUGUUGUCUCACAGUAUGAAGACUUUUGAACGCGCUAUCGACAGCAGUAUUCGAGACAUUGCCCGUCUGUCUGUAGUGGCACAUGGAGGACAAAUUGUUACUGUUGGAAACAGUCGAGAAGGGGCAUGGUCUGAGUGGUCAGAAUGUUCGCAUAGUUGUGGUACCGGAAGAAGGAGAAGGACACGUGUUUGCGGCGAGCAAAAUUGUCCUCUUCAGUCUCACCGGGCAGACAGUGAAAACUGCAAUAUGCAGGGUUGCCCUGAUGAGGAGAGCUGGUCAUCUUGGUCUGCCUGGUCCUUGUGUUCUGUAACAUGCGGUGGCGGUGGCAUGCAAUCAAGGAGACGCCAUUGCUUACAAAGUUUUUUAUUUCAGUGUCAUGGCUUUUCAACGGAAUCUCGCUCAUGUUCUGCACACAUAGAGUGUUUAGGACGAAAGGAAGACUACCCAUCAAACGUUCCUAUGUGGUCACCGUGGUCGCCAUGGUCCGCUUGUUCGUGUUUCACAAUGAUGGAAAGUAGGAGAAGAUUUUGCCUCCUUUCUAACCCAAAAGUGCAGGGAUUUUGCACUGGCUGCGCGCUCCAACAAAGACCAUGUUUUCCAAUGUCAUGUGCCGCUUCUCCCGGAGGGUGGUCUUCAUGGUCGGAAUGGUCAGAAUGUUCAAAGGAUUGCCAAGGCACAGGGCAUCAAAUCCGUAACCGGAUGUGUUCUGAUCCACUUCCGUCGAACAGGGGAUCGUACUGUGUGGGCUACUCUUUUGAACAGAGACUGUGCACAUCCUCCCAUCCAUGUGGCAAACGGGUAGAUGGAGGAUGGAGUGAAUGGGGGGAGUGGACUGAUUGUGCAGGCUCCUGUACAGAUGCCCAUCGGAGUAGAACCAGAUUCUGUUCGGAGCCACGUCCGUCUCAAGGAGGCAAGCCAUGCUCUGGAAGCGACUAUGAACUGCAGUCUUGUGAAAACGAUUGCGGUCGCUCGGUAGACGGAUCCUGGGGAAAGUGGUCUUCGUGGAGCAAUUGUCCGACCGGCUGCGGUUUCGCGCUUCAGUCUCGGGCUCGUGCAUGUGAUAGCCCGUCUCCAGCACUUGGUGGGGAAAUCUGUCGUGGUUUAGCACACCAAACAUCAGUGUGUGCCUCUGAAUCCUGUAUCGAAUCAGUGGAUGGCGAGUGGUCUGCAUGGAAUGAGUGGUCACGCUGUGUUGGCAAUUGUGGAUUAGGCUCGAGAACCAGGGUACGUGCAUGUGUUUCUCCUCCGUCCUCAUAUGGAGGUGUACCGUGCUUUGGGAAGUCGUUCGAGAUCGAAGAGUGCCAAUCAGAUGACGUCUUUUGCAGUCGAUUCCUUCACUAUGCAGACAUCCUCGACGUACAAGUGUUACAAAGUCUUCAGUAG